UAGUAGCGUCGUCCCGUAACUGUCAGCGUGGGGACAAAUUUAUGCCAGCUAAUGUACAGGGUCAUCUCCCGGGUGUGCCAUCUAUCGCUGCUAUCCUUCUACAGCCGGGAGGACUAUGCUGUACCUCAUUGGGUUAGGUCUGGGGGAUGCCAAGGAUGUGACAGUCAGGGGCCUGGAGGUGAUCAGGAACUGUGCCCGGGUCUACCUGGAGGCAUACACCUCCAUACUCACCGUGGGCAAGGAGAACCUGGAGGAAUAUUAUGGCCGUGAGCUGAUCCUUGCUGACAGGGAAACUGUAGAACAAGAUGCGGAUGAAAUCCUCAGAGAUGCUGCUGUUAGUGACAUAGCCUUCCUGGUGGUUGGUGAUCCUUUUGGGGCUACAACGCACAGUGACCUGGUACUGCGAGCAGCCAAGGCCGGAAUCCAGUACAGAGUCAUACAUAAUGCCUCUAUACUUAGUGCUGUGGGUUGCUGUGGUCUUCAGCUGUAUAACUUUGGAGAGACCGUUUCCAUUGUCUUCUGGACAGACACUUGGAAGCCAGAGAGUUUCUAUGACAAAAUCCGGAGGAACAGGCUCAGUGGGAUGCACACUCUGUGCUUGUUGGAUAUUAAGGUGAAAGAGCAAUCGAUGGAAAACCUCAUGAAGGGAAAGAAGGUUUUUGAGCCACCUCGCUACAUGACUGUGAAUCAAGCAGUGGAGCAGCUUCUCCAGAUUGUGCAGAACCGGAGGGAGCAGGGAGAGGAGCUGGCUUUGAGCGAGAACACAAUUUGCGCGGGUCUGGCUCGAGUGGGGGCAUCCGACCAACACAUUGCAGCGGGCACCCUGCAGCAACUUAGUACGAUUGAUUUUGGAGCCCCACUUCAUUCCUUGGUGAUUAGCGGCUGCAUGCAUCCCCUGGAACUGGACAUGCUCAGACUCUAUGCUGUGGACCCCUCUUUUUUUGAUCAGAUUAAUGUAGAGGACAGCUCAACAUAUCGGUCUUCAUAGACACUUUGUGAAAACAAGUAGUACAUCACUGUACAACCUUCAGCAGCUACCCUGUGUGUUUGUGUGUGUGAUAGCAAACAGUGCUUUGUAUUUGUGCCAAUGUAUUUCUGUGUCCCUCUAACCAGUAUAGCCAUAUACUAGGGGUGCACCACAUUCACGUGUUUGCCUUUAUUUGCUAAACUUGUGUAAAGAGCAGAUUUGAACGUCUUUUGGCUGUUUAGCGUAGUCACAAGUACUAAAACGUUUAAUUAACUGCGCAAGUUGCUCCAUUUUGCACACUGCUCUUUGCCUUAUUUUAUAUAAAGGCUUUUAAGCACAAACAGUACUAUCCAAAAUUUCACAGUACAAAGAAUGAAGGUGUGCAGCAACCAAUCAGAUAUUGGCGUAGGCUAACGAAAUCGAACAAUGUGAUGGUUGUUGUGAAACGUUCUGCAGUAAAGCAGAUUGCAUUCUGAAUAUCAUACAUGUUCCUCUAGAGUCAGUAAGCUAAGCCUGUGGAUCUGCAAAGGCCUUCAUUAUUGGACCAAGUUGCCUAAGCGGUUAUGCAGAACUGUAUGUACUGGCAAAGCUGCUACUGAUAGUUCUAUGUUUAAACCCCAACUCUGGCCAAAUUUUUAUUUAGUUCUGUACAGAGUGGGAGAGGGUUAGAACCUCUGUCUGGUUUAUAGUGUGGCCUGUGUCCCUAUUAGAGAGGUUUACUCUCACUUCCUGUCCUAACGGCAUGGUGUUACAAGCACUGGAAGUGUGGGUUAUUUUCAGAUAGGGACUGCAACAAAGAAACGUGUAUUUAGUAAAGUGGGGAAGGGCUUGUCCCGGAGACACCCGCAACCUCCUCCCCUUGACAAAAGUUCAAACUCUUUUCCGCUUCUAUCAAAAUUGUUGCUUGAGUUGGGUUUUAAAAGAAUAUGGUGCAUCCAUAAUAUAUGUCACUGCACUUUAAUAUAGAUCUUUUCCAUCUAGUUCACUAUACACUGCCCUCCCCUGGUACCUAUUUAUCAAACACAGGCAUUCUACAAAACUGUGUGUUCGUAUUACAGAGCUAUUGCUUUAGUUAAUAAAGGCACGUUUUUAAAUA